AACAGGAGGAAAAGGUUGUUAUUUCUGCAGCAAAUGCAUUAGAUUACAAAGGAUUCCCUGCUGACAAGUCCAAAACUGGUGGAUGGAUACCUGCUGUUCUCAUCUUAGGAAUAGAAUUCUGUGAAAGACUAUCAACAAUGGGAAUAGCAGUAAACCUUGUGACAUAUUUGACUGGAAUAAUGCAUCUUUCAAGUGCUACUUCUGCUAAUAUUGUAACAGAUUUCAUGGGAACCUCUUUUCUUCUGUCAUUGCUUGGGGGAUUUCUUGCAGACUCUUAUUUGGGCAGAUACAAAACAAUUGCAAUCUUUGCACUUGUCCAGACCCUAGGUACAAUCAUGUUAGCUAUAUCAACAAAGCUUCCACAGCUUCGUCCACCUCUUUGCCAAGCAGAAUCACCACCCACCCUAUGCAAACAAGCAACAGGAUAUCAAAUGUCAAUUCUAUUUGCAUCUCUAUAUAUUAUGGCAAUAGGAACUGGUGGCCUAAAAUCAAGUGUAUCAGGUUUUGGAACAGAUCAAUUUGAUGAAAGCGAUGAAAAGGAAAAGUCAAAAAUGAAUCUCUUUUUUGGUAGGUUCUUUUUCUUUGUUAGCCUGGGAACAUUGAUGGCUGUUACAGUUCUUGUUUACAUUCAAGACGAAUUGAGCCGGAGUUUGGGUUAUGGGAUUUGUUCUAUGUUCAUGUUUACUGCAAUUUUGAUAUUCCUGGCUGGAACAAGAAAAUACAGAUAUAAGAAAUGUGCAGGGAGUCCUGUGGUGCAUAUUUUACAGGUUUUAGUGGCUGCUUUUAGAAAAAGAGGGGCUCAAAUCCCUGCAAAUGAGAAGUUGUUGUAUGAAACGACUCCUGAGGGUUCAAGGAUUCGUCAUUCGGAUCAGUUCAGAUGCUUGGACAAGGCUGCAGUUAUCAUGAAAGAAGACCCAAAUACAAACAAUAUAAUAUCUCCAAAUCCAUGGUGUAUUUCUUCAGUAACAAAGGUAGAGGAAGUGAAAAUGAUGAUCAGACUUCUUCCAAUUUGGGCUACAACAAUUAUAUUUUGGACAACAUAUGCACAAAUGAUUACAUUCUCAGUAGAACAAGCCUCUACAAUGGAAAGAAACGUUGGAAGUUUCAAAAUUCCAGCUGGUUCCUUAACUGUCUUCUUUGUAUUAGCCAUAUUAAUCAGUUUGGCAGUUUAUGACCGUCUGAUCAUUCCUGUAUGGAAAAAAUGGAAAGGAAAACCAGGUUUCACAAGUCUACAAAGAAUAGGCAUAGGGCUAUUCCUAUCAGCAGUAGGCAUGGCGGUUGCAGUACUUGCAGAGAAGAGGCGCCUCACAAUGGUGAAGAAAUUCGGUCGGAACACCCAAACUCUACCGUUAAGUGUCUUCUUUUUGAUCCCACAGUUCGUCCUUGUGGGCUCUGGAGAAGCAUUUAUAUACACUGGACAGUUAGAUUUCUUCAUAACUCAAUCACCAAAAGGGAUGAAAACAAUCAGCACUGGCAUAUUUUUGACAACUCUUGCAUUUGGAUUCUUUCUCAGUAGCCUUCUGGUAACCAUUGUUAAGAAAUUGACUACAUAUGGUGGAAGAAAUGGAUGGGUUGGAGACAGCAUUAAUUAUGGGAGACUAGAUUGUUUUUAUGGACUUUUGGCCAUAUUAAGUUUCAUUGAUUUUGGGAUUUAUCUUGUUUGUGCUGCAUGGUACAGACCACAUACAGCCGCAACGAAAUUACAGACCGAAAUGGUUUCUAAUAAGGGUUCCUCCACUGAGGAGAAGUGCUAGUUGGUAAGGUAGAUUGUACAAAAGACAUAGCAUCAAAAAAUCUAUAGACCAAAUUUGUUGCUAACAAGGGUUCCCCCACUCAGAAUUUCUAGUCUAACAUCACAACUGCUUUGUUGGGUAAGGUCACAUUUACAAUAUCUGAGGAAGAAAACGAACUCAAAAUCCCUUUAUUUUUUGGGCAUCAUUUAUUUUUGUGUAGAAGGUACCAUGUGUACAGAAUCUUUAUAAACAUUAGGGGUUACAUCUCUAAUUUGAUGUCAUUCAAGGAAAAUUUAAUUACGAGCUUAUUGUAAAUAUCUACUGUAGUAAACAAACGAGCUUCUUUUAAAGAGCUUUUAUAGCUUAAACAAACAUCCUUUCGAGUAAUUAGUUUAAUUAGCUUUAGAAGAGUUGUUCAUAGCAUAUGACGCCCAGUAGACGACUUGACAAGUUAACUCUCUACUAUGGUACAUAAAAGACAAGAAAACUAGCCUCGAACAAAUUCGGAGACAUUACUGUAGAAUCUUUCAUAGACAACACAAUCAAAUCUGAAAAUGUCAAAUAUCUGUCUGCUAAGGUGGCAAUACCUAGUGAUUCAUUAGGUGUACAAUAAUCUUGGAAGUGUUAAGCAUAGAAGAGGAGUCUCAGUUUCUUCCAACGAACUAGUUCAUACAUGCAACAGA